AUGCAUGUCUUCCGGAUCCAUCAGCUCCUGGCGUUUGUGGGCAUCUUCAGUCGACAUGCGAUCGUGAACGCGAGUGGUCAUGGGCACCACCAUGAGCAUUUGAGGGAUCUAGAGAAGCGCCUGUUGUUCAGCUCAUCCGAGCCUCUCAGCAUAACCGGAGACCAUGAGUUCCAGCCACCUGGCGAAGGAGACCAACGGGGUCCUUGUCCCGGUCUGAAUGCUCUUGCAAAUCAUGGAUAUAUUCCUCGCGACGGAGUCGUCUCGUUGCUGGGGGCGGUCGGUGCCAUGGUCGAGGUCUACAACAUUGGCCUUGAGCUUGCAACCAUCUUAGCAGUAAUGGGCGUGGUCUGGACCGGCAAUCCGAUCUCGCUGAAUCCAUCUUUCUCCAUCGGUGGUAACGAUCCGGAAGUGCAGAAUCUCUUGGGCAAUCUUCUCGGGCUCCUCGGCGAGCCUCGAGGCUUGGAUCAUUCCCACAACUUCAUCGAAGCGGACUCUUCUCCCACACGUGACGAUCUGUAUGUGACUGGAGAUCCGGUGACGAUGAACCUAACCAAGUUCGAGACCCUUUAUAAUAUGAUUCCGGACAAUUCAACCCAGACGUUCACGCUGGAUGUCAUGGCCGACUUUGCGUCUAUCCGCUGGAAUGAGACAAUCUCCACCAAUCCAUACUUCUACUACGGCCCGGUCACUGGGAUGCUGGCUCGAAACACCGGGUACUGCUUCAUUGGCAACUUGUUCGCCAACUACUCCUCAGAACACCCAGAUGGUGCCCUCACGCAUGAUAUCUUGAAGAGCUUCUUCUCCGUGAGUGGAGACAAGUCCAAUUUCACGUACACCAAAGGCCACGAGCGCAUUCCGGAGAAUUGGUACAAAUCCUCGGUGCCAUACGGCCUCGUCGAUUUGAAUCUUGACGUCGUGGAGUUCGUCUUGAGAUACCCGAUUUUCGGCAGUGUUGGAGGCAACGUGGGUGAGGUGAACUCAUUCACAGGUGUCAAUUUGGCCGAUCCAGUCGAUGGACUUUUGAAUGUACCGAAUCUGCUUGAGUCGAACAACUUGUUGUGUUUCGUGCUUGAAGUAGUCAACUUUGCCGCGCCGAAUUACCUCAACAACCUCGUCAGCACGCUGGCCGCGCCGCUCGAGCUUCUUUUAGAUGCCAUCGCCGCACCAUUGCUCAAUAUGAGCUGUCCGCAGUUGGACGAGAUCACAAGAGACGGCGUGCCACUUUGGGAGUCAUUGGGAGCACAGUUUCCGGGAGCUAAUCGCUCAGGUAGUGCUAUGUGA